CACCAGGGAAGUCCCGAGAACCACUCAGAUUUUCUAGUUUGUGUGUUUGUACGGAUGGAGAUGCCAAAAUCUAGGUGAGAUACAAACAAGAGGAGCAGAAACAGGGUUCAUUGAAAAAUCCUUAGUGAUAUUGACAUGUUUCAAGUGACAUAAAUUAGCCAAUGACUCGGAAUGAUGGAUUCCCCGAAGAUUGGAAAUGGUUUGCCAGUGAUUGGACCAGGGACUGAUAUAGGGAUAUCUUCACUCCAUAUGGUGGGGUAUUUGGGAAAAAAUUAUGAUUCAUCUAAAGUACCGUCAGAUGGGUAUUGCCCUGCUUGUAGGACGAAGGGAAAGUUAAAAGCCUUAAAGACUUACCGAAUUAGUUUUCAAGAAUCUGUCUUUUUGUGUGAGGACCUGCAGUGCAUCUAUCCCUUGGGCUCUAAAUCACUUAAUAACUUAAUUACUCCUGAUUUGGAAGAUUGUCACACUCCAAAUAAGCCUCAAAAAAGAAAGAUCGUGGAAACCAACUCUAAAGAGUCACCUCUUUUAGCAAAUGCCAAAAAGACUAAACAUCAUAAUGGUAUUGAUGGUGAACAAGUUUUGAACAGUAAACAUAAUGAAGAAGAGUAUGAUGAAACCUCAUCAGACUUACCUCGUUUACUACACGGUGGUCAACAGAAUCCAAUUAGGACAACUGAUUCCUUGGAGCAGAAUGAGAUUUUGGAAGCUGAUAUUGUUGACAUGGCUGCUGAAGAAGAUUCUACUGUGGUUGAUGUUUCUAGAACUGGAGGGACUGCCCCUCAAAAUGAAGGAUGCGCAUCUGAACUGGAAAUGCCGUUGGAGAGCAAGCAUACCUCAUUUUGCCAGACUUCAUGUGUCCAGUGGAAAAAUGCAUAUGCUCUCUGUUGGUUAGACUGUAUCCUGUCAGCAUUGGUGCACUUGGAAGGGCUGAAAAACACUGUGACUGACCUAUGCUCUAAAGAGGAGUCUGUGUUCGGUCAGUUGUUUACCAGGUAUAAUCAAGCCAAUGAGUUUCUGCACACCAGUCAGUUGGAUGGAGUUAAAGAUGGAGAUUGUAAAAAACUUCCUUCUGAAAUAUUUGCAAAGAUAGAGACCUGUCUGAAUGAAGUCAGAGACGAUAUUUUUAUUAGGCUUCAGCCUCAGCUUAGGUGUACAUUAGGUGAUAUGGAAAGCCCUGUGUUUGCACUUCCCCUGCUCUUAAAAACAGAACCCCACGUUGAGAAGCUCUUCACAUAUUCUUUUUCUUGGAAUUUUGAAUGUUCACAAUGUGGACACAAAUAUCAAAACAGGUGUAUGAAGAAUCUGGUCACCUUUACAAACGUCAUCCCUGAGUGGCACCCAGUUAAUGCUGCCCAUUUUGGUCCAUGUAACAAUUGCAACAAUAAGUCACAGAUAAGAAAAAUGGUAUUAGAAAAAGUAUCUCUCAUAUUCAUGUUGCACUUUGUGGAAGGCUUACCGCAUAAUGACUUGCAGCACUAUUCAUUUCAUUCUGAAGGCUGUCUUUAUCAAAUAACUUCUGUAAUUCAGUACCAAGCAAAUAAUCAUUUUAUAACAUGGAUUUUAGAUGCUGAUGGAAGUUGGCUGGAAUGUGAUGACUUAAAAGGCCCAUGUUCUGAAAGGCAUGAGAAAUUUCAAGUUCCUGCUUCAGAGGUACAUAUUGUUAUCUGGGAAAGAAAAACAUCCCAAAUGACAGAUAAAGCACCUGCCUGCUGCCCACUUAAAAAGACUUAUGAUCAGCACGCUUUCGGAGAUGAGAAUCAAGUCUCGCCAGCACUGUGUUCUGUAGGUGAUGCUGCCUCAGCUGAAAUGUCCUCAGGAACUCACCCCACAAAAGUGUCAGUUGCUCCUAAUACUCUUUCACAGGAUGAAGCCGUAACUUUUGAACAUCAUUUAUUUUCAGGUCUGAAAGGUUUGGUCGACAAGAAUAUUUCACCUUUGACAUGUGAAGAAAUACAGGUUAACUCUGAAGGUUUUUUAUUAGAAAAUAAACCUGUGGCAGAGAACGCAGGGGUUGUCAAAACACAUACUUUGCAAUCGCAGGCGUCACUAAUGGCUUCUUUAGUAUCGGCUCCAUGCAAGGACAAGCUUACCCAAGACCAGUUUGUGGAUUUAAGCUUUUCAUCUCAGCUUGUAAAUACAAAUGUGCCAUCAGUACAGCUGAAUACAGAAGAUACUGUCGUUACUCAGCCUGUGAAUGAUAUUCGUGCUACUGACCUUACACAGAGAGUAAACUCAGUAGAAACUGAGGGUCCAGUUGCCCUAGAGAAGGAUGCUCCAUCGAAACAAUCUCUUUUACCAAAACCUGAGAAAUUACAACCAGAACAACAUGUUACAUCUCAGGUGUCUGAUUUGAAGGAAAAAGAAACUGCAGCGUCUUCUCAAACCGUAACAGCUAAGCUGUCACAGAAUCCAUUUCUGAAGGAAAAUCAGAAAAAACCAUUUGUGGGAAGUUGGGUUAAAGGCUUAUUAAGCAAGGGUGUUUCUUUUAUGCCGUUUUAUGUUUCAGCUCAUAGUAGAAACACUGUGACUGAUUUGCAGCCUUCAGUUAAGGGGGCAAGUAAUUUUGGUGGCUUUAAAACUAAAGGUACAAAACAAAAGGGUAACUGGGCAUCCAGGGAAGCUCACAGCUGUGCAGGUAAGCCUCCUCCAGUUAGCAACCCUGCACCAAGCCAUCCAUCACCAGUUAGCACAGCUUCUACUCUCCCUGCUGAUGGUAAUGGUGAUUUGGAAGUUUUGAAGAAAUGUGAAAAUGCCUCAUGUGGAGCUCACCUCAACCACAAUUCUCAUGGAAAUGAAAAUGGUGUUUCUUUAGCAAACCGUGGAGACUCAGUUGAGGGUCAGAUUCAUAAACUUCGUCUAAAACUUCUUAAAAAACUUAAGGCAAAAAAGAAGAAAUUAGCUGCUCUUAUGUCUUCCCCCCAAAAUGGAACACUUCCAAGUGAAAAUUUAGAACCUAUGUCCCAUUGUGGAUCUCCAAAUGACUGUGAAUCAAUUGAAGACUUGCUAAAAGAACUACAACAUCAAAUUGAUAUUGCCGAUGGUAAAUCUGGAUGCCCUGCAGUUCCUGGCGUUUCCUCAUACAGUAGUCAAACUCAUGAAGAAAUUUUAGCAGAAUUACUGUCCCCUACAACGGUUGUUUCAACAGAGCUCUCAGAAAAUGAGGAGGCUGACUUUAGGUACUUAGAAAUGGGAGAUAAUCAUAUCCCAGCACCAGUACCUAAUGAAUUAAACAGUAUUCCCCAAAACAUUCAUCUGAGACAGGACCAUAAUUACUGCAGCCCCACUAAGAAAAAUCAAUGCAAAGUUCAGCCAGACUCACUCACAAAUAAUGCCUAUGUUACAACAUUGAACUCGGAAAAUUCCAUGAAGACUGAUAUUUUUGAUGAAUUUUUUUCUACUUCAGCGUUAAAUUCUUUAGCAAGUGACACGUUAGACUUCCCUCAUUUUGAUGACUAUCUGUUUGAGAAUUGUUGAAUGCUUGGUAACUGUUUUUAGUUUAAUAUUUAUUAUUACUCUUGGGAAAAUUUACUAUGUUUCUAGAUAGUGUUUACACACUGGCCUUGUCAUGAACAAAAUGUAAGCUACUGAAGGUUUUACCUUUGGUUAUGCCCACAAAGCAUACGAUCUGUUCCACAAGUUUAAAUGAUGAAGAAUUUGUUCUCCUUGUUGGCUUCAUUUUGUGUUUGUAGGAGAAUGAGGAUUUCAAAAUGUUAAAAAUGAAAAGUAGUAGUUUGUAGUUUCUGGCAGUCUGUACAGUUGGGUACAUUAAAUUUCUACAUUUUAAAUUUUAGUUAUGUUGGUUCAGGCAAAACACCAGUUGAUACAAACUUAAGUCAUUGUAUAUGGUACAUGAACACAUGACUGUUUUGCUAGUGGUUUUGUGGUCUUACGUAAGAGUCUCAGCCUGUCUCUUCUACCAGUAGAGUGGUGUAGAAUGUAAGCUCCCCUCAUACAACUUGUUUCCUCUUUCUCUCUUUACAAAAGAUGGCAGGAAACUUGUUACUAGAACUUCAUAUAAUGUUAGGUGAUCAAAAAACUGAUCUGUAACAGGAAAAAGUAACCUAUUUUUGUGUUGAUGUGCUAAGAGUUUACAUUAUCAGUAUCAUCUUUCUCCCCCAAGACAUUUAUUUCUGUAACCAAAGUGGGACACCAUCUAGCAGUUAUAUUUUGGGAGAAAUAGCCAGUGCAUGUAAGGCUUGCCUAUGUUGGAUUCUACUAUGAAUGAAACAUUAAUUCAUUUAAACCUCAACAUUCCUAUGAGCAAGGUACUCUUAUCACUUUUAACAGAUAAGGAAACAGCACGGAACUAGUAAGUUGUAGAGCUGGGAUCGAGUAUAGAGUGGUUACUACAGUGCUUGAACUUAAUAUCUGUUUUACCUCUAGCUUCAUUUAAAGUUUGGGUGCCCAAACAGUACCACUGCUGUAGUGAUUUGAGUUAGUAGCAGAGUUAACUAAGGUUUGAAGGUGGCAGUCUUGGGGGAGAAUACUUUGUUAGGGACUCAGUACUGCAAAAAUGAUUUGUCAAAAUGACUCCCAAACCUCCCCCUCCCUUUUUUUCUGAUUGCAGAAGUAAAAAGUCAUGUUUAUUGUAAGGAAAAACUGGGAAAAUACAGGAAAACACCAAGAAAAUUUCAGAGCAUUCAUCUUAACACUUAGUGGUAAUAACUACUGCAAACAUUUUCAUAUUUUUAUGCAUUUAGACUUUAAGAAAUAAAUAUGAGAUUCUGUACCUGUUUGUUAAUGAUGUGUGUUAAUGUUUAAUGAGCAUCUUUCCAUCUUAGUUUUUGACAACUUUUGGAUAGCUAUAUAAUGUUACAUUGUGUGUAUUACCGUUGUUUCACCAGUUUAUAUUUUGAGGUGAUUUGUAUUGUUUUGUUAUUGUUAAGUAUCCUUAUUGAUAAAAAUUUUCACAGAUCCAAGUUUUAUUUUCUGGGAGUGGAAUUUCUGGGUCAAAGAACAUGCACUUUUUUGUUUGCAUGGCUUUGCCGAACCCUCACCAACACCAGGUAGUAGCGUUGAAGGAGGAAAAAACCUUGACUGGUUUUGGUUACAUUUCCAUGAUUAUUAGUGAGGUUGAAUAUUUUCUGUAACUUUAUUGGCCAGUUGAGUUUCUUUGAGGAAUUGCUUAUCCAUCCUUUACUUGUUAUUAUUCAUUCAACUAUUUCUAGAUUUCUGCUGAGUGCCAAGCACUGUUGUAAACCUCAGAUAUAAGGCAAUAAAAAUAAAUAAA